GUGUUUGAGAAUCCUUAACGGGCCGGAUUCCCCCAUGCGGAUCCUCGGGAACACAACAAGGCGUGGGGGGCCAGGCGUGAAUUUUAGCAACACAGUCCAGUUACCUCCCUGCACGUCCUUGUCAUACUCUCCCUGGCACGGCAGUAGGCGGCACUUGGCACUCGAGUCUCCAACACUCAAUGGCCGAGGGGUUGCGGCGGCAGGUGCUGAGUCUGUACCGCCAAAUCCUGCGUGCGGGGCGGCACUGGGGGGCAUGUGACCCCGCCCACACCCAGGAGGAGAGGGCUUACAUCCUGGAGGAGGCACGGCAGCUGUUCAGAGCCAACCAGCACCUCCAGGACCCCAGUGAGAUCAAGGAGCACCUGGUGGAGGGGGAGUCGCGCCUUGAAAUUGCCUUGCACUACGGAACACCCUACCCCCGCCCUGUCAACAUGCCGCCUCUCACCAUCACCAAGGCCUGGGGCAAGACCAACCUCAGCCGACAGCGACACUCACGGCCGGUCUACGUUAAAUCCCUCGACACCAAACCAAGCUAGUCCACACUGAUUAUUUUAUUUUGUUGUUAUUAGUGUUAUUCUUAUGCCUCUAGUGGUGGGAAAUAUGUAAUAGAGGUGUUUACUUAAUGCUCUUAGCUCUGUAAAUACGUAUGAAAGUAUUUGAACCUUGUAGGAAGAUUCAGGCCUAGGGUUCUUGAUAGUGCUUAUAAUAUAUGGAAAAAAAGGUGAACAGGACUGCUGAUUGUGGACAAGUUGCUGAUACUGAUAGGGAUGAUGAAAAAGAAGAAAGAAAGGCCAUAUAAUUGUUUACAGAUGAUGAUGGAGUGAUAAUAAAUAAUGAUGAAAAGGAAGAAAAGG